GGAAGUCCUUGGUACCAUAGAGUUGCUGUUGAUAUGUCUGACUCAUCUAGCCAGUCAUUGUUCUGUUUCUGAUCAUGACCAUUUUGAAGAAGGAUGUAGCAGUUAAAUGAUAGGCACUUAUUUUGUGGAAUGAAACUGUUUUUGUGUGAUAUUGUGUGAGAAAGCAAGAUUGGGGUGAACAAUAUAUUGUAAAGUGUGGUAGCUACUCAGGAAUAUCAUACCUGCAAACAUGACCCCGUUUUCCCAUCCACCUGAAGCUGUAGGGACACACAGGGACACCUCAACAGCAUAGUUUGUGGUGCUGUCAUCCACCCCAAUUCAAGAUGUGAAGAUUUAAGGCUGAAGUGGACUAAUGUGAAGAUGAAAAUGAAGAGCUUGGCCCAACGACGUCAAUCGGCACCAUCCCUGGUUCUCAGCAAAGCGCUAAACAAGUCUAGAACGAGUGCCAGGUGCUGAAUCAGCAAAAAAGAAAGAACAAAAUAGGCAGAUAUGGAUGGGAAGAAAUGUAGCUGUGCAGAACACCAGCACAGGAAGGCUGCUUCUCCCCAGUCAGUCCAGAGACAUGCCCACUGGUGCAGUCCUUUCUCUGUCCCAACAGAACACUUCUUCUGGAUGGGCACGUUCAGCUGAAGACUGGCCUGCAGACCCAAGAACGGCACCUUUUCCUCUUUACGGAUAUCCUUGUGGUUGCCAAGCCCAAGUCGCAGUUGCAUUUCAAACUGAAGAGCCAGGCACGCCUCUGUGAAAUGUGGACAGCAUCUUGCAUGGAAGAAGUCUGUGAGGGUAGUACUAAUCCAGAAAGGUCCUUCGUUUUAGGAUGGCCUACCACCAACUGUGUUGCUAGUUUCAGUUCCGUCGAGCAGAAAGAGAAGUGGCACACUUCCCUUCAAAGUCGAAUCAAAGACGAGAAAGCAAAAGACUAUCCCAAGAGCAUUCCCUUGAAGAUUAUUGCAAAGGAUAUUGGAAAUUGUGCAUAUGCAAAAACUUUAACUAUAACCAACACGGAUACAGCCAGUGACGUGAUCCUCAUGGCCCUGCAGCAGCUGGGAAUCAAUGGCUCUGAAAAGGAACAUCAGUUGUGGGUGAAUUCUGGGAAAGAAGAUGCCCCAUAUCCCCUUAUCGGACAUGAAUAUCCGUUUGGCAUUAAAAUGAGCCACAUUCGGGACACUUUGCCUCAGACACAGGGAUCAAAGGACGGUGUCUGCCCUCUGGACCUUCAGGGGGCCUUCCUGAUGGAACAGCUGCCCCGGGAGCUUCAGUGCCAGUUCAUACUCAAGCCAAGUCGCCUGGCUACCGGCCAUCAGCUGAAUGAGUUAAGCCAAAAGCCCCUUAAAAGGAAAAGAUCAAUAAUCAACUGGGCCUUCUGGCGGGGAACGGGUGCUCCGCUGGACAACACACCGCCAUCUCCAACAUCUCUUGCGCCAGGGAAGCUUUUCGGCCUUUCGCUUCCAGCCAUCUGUGAGAAUGACAACCUCCCCAAGCCAGUUUUGGAUAUGCUUUUCUUUCUCUACCAAGAGGGGCCUUUCACUCGGGGUAUUUUCAGACGUUCAGCAAAUGCAAAAUCCUGCAGAGAGUUGAGGGAGAAGCUUGACUCAGGGGCUGACGUGCACUUACUCUGCGAAUCUAUAUUUGUGACAGCUUCUGUGUUUAAGGAUUUCCUUCGAAAUAUCCCUGGCAGUAUUUUUUCAUCCCAGCUUUGUGAUCAGUGGGUCUCCUUAAUGGAUGAAGGGAACCAUGAAGAGAAGAUAAAAAGUAUCCACAGGCUACUGGAACAACUCCCCAGAGCCAACGUGGUGCUCUUGCGUUACCUCUUUGGAGUAUUGUACAGCAUAGAAAAGCAGUCUGAAGACAACCAGAUGACCGCCUUUAAUUUAGCGGUCUGCAUCGCACCCAGUCUGCUCUGGCCUCCAGCUCCCGCAAGCCCUGGGACUGAAGGUGAAUUCACAAAGAAGGUCUCUGUCCUUGUACAGUUUCUAAUUGAAAAUUGCUGCAGGAUAUUUGGAGAAGAGAUCACUUCCAUCUUUGUAGACCUAGUGCCCAAAAAUGACAACAGAGAAGAUGGUUCAGACCUCUCUUCCUUUCAUCUGAACGACUCCUCCUAUGACAGUUUGGAAAAUGAGCUGAAUGACUGUGCAGACUCCUCAUUUAACAACCUAAUCAAAAAACGAGGUCAAGAGAACAGGAGUAGGGACUCUGUUUUAACCCUGAGUGACUGUGAUUUGGACCCACCUGAAACUGAAUGCCCUCAGAUCAAAUUACCUGCCAAAUCUCAGCCAGUAUCCAUUUCUGCUGGCUUCCAUCACCAAUCCCCGGCACAGGAGCACUCAGAGAACGAGUCCUUGUGCUCCAUCACGUCCGGCUACUCAUCAACAGCCAUCUCGGAUGUCAUCAAAAGCUCGCGGAGACACCGGCGCUGCUCAGAGCCCACAAUUGGCCUCCUUGCAUCCAAGUUUACUCCACUGAGCGGGUUCCACGAAAGCGCCAUGCGCAAAGCCAGCUGCGAUGCAGUUCUGUCCCACAUGGAUGAAGACUAUCUCAAGCAGCUUCGUUCGCUGCAGGUGGAAGGCCAAAAGCUUAUCAACCAGAGUUUGGUGAUGGGGAUAGACAUGGGCAAGGAUCGCUCUGAGAGCCAUGGCAGUGAAAAGAAAGAUGUUUCUAACCACCUUCUGCCACCUCCUCCUCUUAGGUUGAACAUUUGCUCAAGGACUAGCUGUUCUAGCCUCUCCUCUCCUGGCACUUCACCUUCAGGGUCUUCGAUGAGCUCUUUAGAUAGUGCUUUCUCACAGUUUUCGGACUACUCUGUGUUUACUCCCACAGAGACCUCCUCUCCUUUGGAUUGUGCUUUUCACCUUCAGAGGAAAUAUGGAGACAUUUCCCCUGAUUCUAACCCUUUCUCAGGUAUCCACCCUGGAUCUGGAGUGGGCUCUUUUCCUAGCCAAGCUACCAGCAGCCAUAGCAGCAACUCAGUCAGUGUUAGGAAAGAGAGCCUUGAGUGGCCUCCUCACAAAAGCCAUGUCACUCUCCAUCCCAGCACCUGGUUGAAAAGUGGAGCUUCCACCAUGAAGAAUUGGACUCUCCGAAAAAGGGAAAGGGCAUCCAAGCAGGGAGAGAAGAAGAACAGUUCUGUUAAAAUAACCUUGGAAUCGCAAAUCUUUCCUUCGGAUGCAUCCGAGAGUAACUUAAGUCAAGGGCAACAGCAAGGGGUAAGCCACUCUGGUGUAACAGAAAGUGUUGGUGCUGUAUCACCAGAGCAGGAGGGUGAGUUUUCUCAGGGAGCCACUGGGCAGCUCAUCAGCCUUCCCUUUUGUCCAAUGGAAGUCAAGGAUAAGCAGCUAAAGGCCUUAGAACUUUUGGCCGAGCAAAGCAAGGAAGAGGAAGAGGAGGAAAGUUCUUCGUGUUUUCGUUCUCAUAAAAGACAGCCUUCCAGUCCUAAUCCAAGUGCCGAACAUAAAGCUGAGCCAGAUGCUGUCUUCAUUGCUGAAUGUCAACAUGUCGCCAAGGAAAACUUAAAUGAAUCUGCAAUUUCCACAGAGGUCAGAGCCCAGCAAGGAGCAGAUUCCAAGAAUGAUAAAUCUUUGUCAAGCCGAUUUGCUGACGUUGACUCUGAAAGAGACUUGCAUGUCUCUUUGAAACCCACCAAAGCCGAGGAUGAACUUUCCUUUCAGUCCAGUUUGAAAAAUUGUUUCCCAAAAUCAGAGAAAGGUACGGAUGCCAAUAAAAUGGAGUGGCUAAAAAAGUUGUGCAUUGACCCCAAGUUUGAGGAGCUUGACCAAAAGUUUUUCACAGAGGAAUCUUAUGUUUGAGAUCAGCCAGUGUCAAGGGAUUUUAUUUUAGCUCAACUUUUAGUUUGCUUGGUUUAAUAUCCUGGGAGGGUGGGACGAACAUACUCUCAUCAGGGACUUAAUGGAACUUGUGCUUUUUGAGGAAUUAUCAGAAUGACUUUCCCCAGAUUUAAUAUUGCCAUUUCAAAGAUGUUUCCUGGUAUUUGGGAUGGCCACAUCAAAACCUUAAGAGAAACGCUUGAUUCUGCAACGCUAGCAAACACUUGCGUGUACGUUUGCCAUAUAGUGUUUCUCUGAACUACUCCUUCUAUGUUCUAUACCUUGUAAAUCUAUGUUUUGUGUCCAUUGUGGUUUGGAUGUAGUGUGUGAGGUCAGCUUGGCUCCAUAGCUAUGGUAUCGUAUUGCUAUUUUUGAAGCUGAUGGUCCAUUUCAUUGUCCUCCAAGGAAAGAAGCUUAAUGUUUUUAUAUGUUUUAUGAGGCAUCUGCUCAAUAGUUCCAGUCCUUUUCCUCUUGCAGCAAAAGAUGAAGAAAGUUUUAAAUGAAGCAUAAAUCCUGAACCUUCUGUAAUUUACAGUUCCAAGUUUUGUGUGUGUCACUUGUUGUGCUCCAUUUGGGUGUUAAAGGUUUUUUUCUUUUCUUUUCCCCAUUGUGAAUAGUUUCUUAACAAUAAUGCUGUCCAAUGGCAUUAUAUUUUCUUAUUGUUGGCAUUGCAAGCAGAACUUAUGUAAUUUUAUUAUCUACGGUUGAAAUCAUCUUUAUUAUAAUAUAUUGAAAGUAAUGCAUUCUCUUUUAAAAUGCUUUGAGAUUGUAUAAUAUAUCUUGAUAAAAUUUUGCUAUUGUAUAUGUUCCCAAAUAAAUGUGUAUUUUUGUA